GACCAACCGGCCCAAUUCCGCAUCCAUAUCCCAAAACCCCCGAUUCGGCAAAGUGUCUGAAAACCUAGAAUUUCUCUCAGCUCAAAUUCACAAAUUUUACCUCCAUUUCUGCGCUUCUAUCCACAGAUAUAUACAUCUCCGGCGCAUAUUUGGAGGGAAUCGGUUUUGAAUACCAGUACAUAUAGACAGAGUUGGAGCAUAUGGAGCAGGAGGGAGAUGUUUACGCAGGGAAAAUAGAGGAAGCAGAGGAUAUGGAUGCAGAUGUGGAAAUGUCUGCCGCCCCGAUCUCAGGAGAACAUAACGCUAAAGAUUUGGAGAACAUGAAGAAAAGGUUGAAGGAGAUUGAGGAGGAAUCAGGCGCCCUGCGCGAAAUGCAAGCUAAAGUGGAGAAAGAAAUGAGUGGCGCUCAAGAUUCAGCUUCUGCUUCUGCAAGUCAGGCUGAAAAGGAGGAGGUGGACUCCCGGUCAAUCUAUGUUGGUAAUGUUGAUUAUGCAUGCACCCCAGAGGAAGUGCAGCAGCAUUUUCAGUCUUGUGGCACAGUGAACCGUGUGACUAUCUUAACAGAUAAGUUUGGCCAACCUAAAGGAUAUGCAUAUGUAGAAUUUGUGGAAGCCGAAGCCAUUCAAAAUGCAUUGCUGCUUAAUGAGUCAGAGCUACAUGGUCGCCAAUUGAAGGUGUCCGCCAAGCGAACCAAUGUUCCCGGCAUGAAGCAGUUCCGAGGUAGAAGUGUCAAUCCUUAUCUAGGGUUCCGACCCCGCAGGGCAUUUGUACCUGGUGCUGCAGCCUUCCCCCCAUUUGCUUUUGGGAGGGUGCCAAGGUUCAGGCGUGGCCCGAUCCGCUACAGGCCAUACUAAUUGACUUCAUGGUCCAACACGUUAAGGUCUGGGAGCACCACACAUUCACUCUAUUUCACAUACCAGUACACAUGAAACUAUGAUCCACUCUCUUUCACUCUGCCUUAUCCUCAGUUUAUAUAACUCCCCUUCUUUAAGUUGAUGCUGAGAGUGAUAUUUCUGAUAGCUUGUGUUACAUACAAUGUAAUCUUGAUUUGCAGUUCCUUAAAAAGUGUGUUAGAUUCUUGAUGAAUGGCUAUAUAAAAGUUUGUAUUUGUAAUGUGCAAUAGGCUGCAAUGCUGCAUUGCUUUAGACAAAUUGAUGUUCUUGAUUCAACAAAUAUCCAAUCAAAUUGGCCUUCCAACAAGUUUUACUCCAUUUUAGAUAAAUCUAUAGUCACUUU